GGAAGUUCCUCCGGUAUUGAUCAGACCAGAUUCCUUUGGGCUAUUAUCUCACAGUAUUACUCUGUACUCGACACCUUUCCUUCUGCGAAACUUCUCCUUGAGUAACGAUUACUUCUCGCUCGGCAGUACGGAGUACUUACAGUAUAAAUCCAGGAGCCUUCAACUGCCUGUGAGACAGGUGCUAAAUUUAUCUGACAAGCAACUUUCCUCCCCACUAAACUUACCAGGCCGAGCGUAUCGCUUUCCGACUGCUGAAGAUCUGCCAUCCCCUCAUUGUCGCCGUUACUCCUGAACGCGGUCCUCGUUCCUUUGUUCCAAACGCCCUAGGACUACCAUCGGAGACCUGCAUACUACAACACAUCGGCCCAUUCUGUACUCCGUCAGCCACGAUUUUCUCUGGAUGAACUUCUCAGCCCAAGACAAUGCAGGACCCGUUAGGCGAGAAAGCGUCCAGCCCUCCAAAGACCGGCAGGGUUGAGGACGGGAAAAUUCGCAAACUAAAGCCCAACAGCAAGACCGAAUUCACUCCGAUCCAGCAAUUCAACGGGAAAACUUAUGCCUGCGAGUCGUGUAAGAGAGGGCAUCGAGUGAACAAGUGCGAUCAUGGAAGGACAAGACCAAUAUCCGAAACCAAUCAACCCGGUCGACCGUCGGCUGGUCAGAAAAGAGGUUGUCACUGUCCUAGAAACUGCGCUUGCACGACAAAGACUUGCAAAUGUCAAAGAGACUGCUCUUGUACUCAAGAGGCAUUCCUGAUUGUCCGAGUCGACGGUCCACAAAUCAUCAGCCGCGAAGCCACGUCUAGCCCGAAGCCUGUAUGGGAAGAUGCCAAUGAAAACAGGUGGACUCUGAAAAAGGUCUGGGCAGAUGCAAAUGGCAAAGAGAUCGAUGACCAAGAAUAUCAAGAGCGCAAGCGACGCUUAAAGGAGAGAGAGGAUGGCGUUGUGUCCACUCCUGACAUUCCCAAAUCGAGUUGUUGCGGUUCGAAAAAGCCAAAGGAAGAGACCCAAUCGCCUUUGCCACCAGCUGUCGGAGGCUGUCGACAUCGUCAGAAUCUCGAGAAGCAGCCCGAACAGGACAGCCUGGCUCCUACGGCUGUGGACAUGGGUACAGCGACGAAGGAGUCGUGGAAAGCCGCCUGUUCUUGCGGUUCAGGCUGUUCGUGUCUGUAUUGUCCCGAUCAUCCUAACAACGCCACGUCGAUCAACCAUGCGCAACAGCAAGUCAAAAAUCUUGCUGAACAAGCAUUGCCGGAAUUCGAUGGGCUGAUGCCAGUGUCGUUCAUGCCAGAGACAAAUUCAACAUCUUGUAUGGGAGGUCGACCAACGUUUUUCCUUUCACGGACACCCAACGUCUCUCAACAAGCAAUGCAACAAUUCUUCCCAGACCUCGCCGAUCCGAAUGCCAUCUAUCUCCGAUAUCCCAUCUCACAGCAUUCUUGGACUAAUCAACCAGCCAGUUCACACUGCUCUCAUGUUGCUUCUCCGACCGCCGUCAUUUCCACCAUGACUCAGGAUGCGAAUGAGCAAUAUGUGGAUCCGAUGAACGAGAUGUCUGAACAAACCCUAGACUUUGAUUUCUUACCCAACGACCCGAACGGUACAUGGGAUUUCUCAGGCAAUCAAUUCGGCGACGCAUCGUUCAGCUGGACGGACCUCGAUGCUUCCAGAGGCACAGACUACAAUAUCGGUCAAGCAACAGUUGCUUCUGCCAUGGACGGCAGCAUCUUUCCCAUGUCGCAAUCUUCGAUAGGUCCGCAAAUACCUGCGAUCAAUGUGAGCAUGGACAAUCCAAUGAUGAGCCCAACCCAUCUGAGCGGCCUGUCCAUUGUCGACGGCACUACGUUCUCUGGGUCGACUCCACAAUUCGAUCCACAAAAUUCAUUCACACCUUACAAUAACCCCCCGAACCAGGGCACUUUUGUUCAUGAUCCGCGGUUAGAGCAAGGGGUACCACAUCAAGGGCACUUUAGCCGCCAAGUAAUGAACGUCAUUGGCGAUACGCCCACACAAUCUUUCGGAGUGCCACAGCCUCAUACUAGAGUCGUGAGGACGCAUUUUCACAACAAUAUGGCCCAUUGGGAUCAGCACAACACCUUGACGGAUGAUCAAAUUGAUUCACAGCUCAAGUGGCCGUCUAUAGCGAAUUCACCACCGGUUGCAAAUCAUGUUUGAGAGGAACAUGAGCUCGACCAGAGGGCUGGAGAUGAUACGACAUAGACUCAGAGGUUUGACGAGGACGCGAACGAGAACGAGAACAUGAUUCAACGGCUUCCCUAUGUGUGACAUAGACCAUGGCAUUGAUUAGCAUGCAGGCGCACGAUACAUCGAACUCGGCAAAAGGAGAAAAUUUUAUGUAGCGAUCGAUAGCGAUACUAGAUUGUGGAAGGAAGUAUCCUGUGCAUUGCACUCGCCUAUUCAUUCAUCCAUUCACUCACUCGACCUGCGAGUAUCAGAGUCUUACUAGUACUGGAAUGGCAUGAUAUGAC